AAUUAAAGUACCAAAUCCAGUCAAUAACAUCUGGUGCACUGUGUGUAAAUAGCAUAAUAAUAAUAAUCAUUCAAUAACAUCUGGUAUACUGUGUGUAAAUAGAAUAAUAAUAAUAAUAAUAAUAAUAAUAAUAAUAAUAAUAAUAAUAAUAAUAAUAAUAAUAAUAAUAAUUGCCAAGACCUGGCAGUGGCUUAAGAACGGCAACUUGAAGAAAGAAACAGAGGGUUUAAUACUGGCUGCACAAGAACAGGCACUAAGAACAAAUGCAAUAAGAGCAAAAGUCGAAAAAUCCACCACAAACAGCAAGUGCCGCCUUUGUAAAGAAGCAGAUGAAACCGUGGACCACCUAAUCAGCUGUUGUAAAAAGAUCGCACAGACUGACUACAAACAAAGGCAUGACAAGGUAGCAGGGAUGAUACACUGGAACAUCUGCAAAAAAUACAAGCUAGCUAUAGCCAAAAAUUGGUAGGACCAUAAAAUUGAAAAAGUUGAAGAAAAUGAAGAUGUAAAAAUAUUAUGGGACUUCUGACUACAAACAGACAAACAUCUGCCACACAAUACACCAGCUAUAACUGUAGUCGAGAAGAAAGAAAAACAAGUCAAAAUAAUCAACAUAGUAAUACCAGGGGAUAGCAGAAUAGAAGAAAAAGAAAUAGAAAAAAAUCACCAAAUACAAAGAUCUACAAAUUGAAAUUGAAAGGCUGUGGCAGAAAAAGACCAAAAUAACCCCGGUAGUAAUUGGCUCCCAAGGUGCAAUUCCAAAACACCUUGAAGAGCACCUCAACACCAGAGGGGCCACAGAAAUCACCAUCAGCCAAUUACAAAAAGCAGCUUUACUGGGAACAGCCUAUAUUCUGCGACGAUAUCUAUAACAGCAACAACAUUGACAAUAAAAUUCAGCCAUCCCAGGUCCUUGGGAAGGACUCAAUGUCUGGAUAAAACAAACCAGUCAAUAACACCUGUCUGACUGUGUAAACAAGAAAUAAUAAAAUUUAUUUUUAGAAAAUAAAAUUAAGAUUUGUACACCAUUCUGACUGAGGUCCUCUGAGUGGUUUACACAUUCAUAAUAGUAUAUAGCGCUAAUGGAAGAAUGCUUAUUCUCCUCUUGGUCCGCCUUAUUUUCCUGACCCAAAAGCGCUCUGUCCCCGACCCAGAUCACAGGGAAGCCUUUCUCCACAGAAAACACCUCAGCUUUCCUGCAGACUUCUCCCCCCUCAAGCUAUAUUAACAUUAAUUAGUAACAUUAUAUUAACAUUAAUUUCACAUCAUUCACUAUUCCUUUUUCUACACAAGCGGCUCUGAGAACUUAGAAAAUAAUAAUAAUAAUAAUAAUAAUAAUAAUAAUAAUAAUACGCCCGCUGUAUAUAACCUACGCCCCAGGAGUCCCACCUUUAAACUCUGCAGUUGAUAUAACAUAACAUAACAUAACAUAACAUAACAUAACAAACAUUAUUUCUCUCUCUCAAUAACAUUGCUAUCCUGCCUUUCCCUUAUACACACACAGAGCACAGCUUACAGAAACAAGAUCCGAGACAAUUGAUAAGACAAACUAAAAACAAAAACAGCAAAAAUGUAAUAACAUAAACACCAACAGAAGACUACACUCAGUGAGCCUAAGGGCUUUUCUCAAAAGCCAGGUCGUGAUGCUGGACGUGAGAUGGAUGUGAAGAAGAACCAUCUUCAUAUUCUCUUUCUGUGGUGAAACAAAGAGCUUGUCAUACUUGGGCUAUUGACAUUCUUGACACUGGCUGUGGACAACAGAAGAAACAUCCAAAUAAGCUUAUGAAGUUGAAGAACACAAUAUUGGCAAAAUGUUCUACAUGCAGCUGCUUAUGAACAAGCGUGGGCCAUUGGCCAAAAUAUGGUUGGCUGCUCACUGGGAUAAGAAACUUACAAAAGCUCACAUAUUUGAAUGCAACUUGGAGACUACUGUUGAAAAGAUACUCUCCCCAAAGUUUAAAAUUGCCCUGCGAACCUCAGGACACCUGUUGCUGGGAGUGGUGCGAAUCUAUCACAGAAAGGCCAAGUACCUUUUAGCAGACUGCUCUGAAGCUCUGCUUAAAAUGCAGUCUGCCUUUCGUCCAGGACUUGUUGAUCUCCCAAAAGGGAGCUCUGAGGCCAAUUAUAACACCAUCACAUUGCCUGAAGAAUUUCAUGAUUUUGACACACAGCUCCCUGAGGUGAAUGCCAUUGAUGUUGCCCAACAUUUUACUCUGAACCAGAGCAGAGCUGAGGACAUCACUUUGAUAGAAGAGGAUUAUAGACAGGAUAUACUUCUUCAUGGUGGCAUUUUUGGUGAAGAAACCGAAAUACCAAGGCAACAUAGCUUUAUCAGUGACAGCUUACCAGCUAGUUCCAGUAUUCUUUUGACUAAUCAUAGUUCCUUGAAUCUGACUGGAGAGAAAACCACAUUGGAUGAAUUAGAAUUAAAGCAUGAUGGGUUUGGAGACGAAGGAAUUGCAGGAGACAUGAUUGAUGAUGUUCUGGGAACUGAGCAGAAUAACCUCAUUAUAGACCUUGACAUGGAGGAAGAAAUUCCUCCACCCCAAGAUGAUGAUAUAUUAGACUAUCUCGGAGAUGAGGGAGCAAAAAGCUGCCAAAUUAAUGAAACCACAUUAUUGUCCAAUGAUGAAGAAGGAUUUGUGCUUGAACCAAUUGAUGAUACAGUUCUCAUAAGGAAGCAAAGAGGUAAAAGGAAAAGGAAGUUACUUGUUGAUGCAGUGAAGGAACUGAGCAGAGAUGUUAUGCAAAAGCAGCUUAUGAACUAUAAGGACACACUCACUACUUUGGAUAUUGCACCUCCCACAAGAAAGCUGAUGAUUUUGCAGGAGCAAGGUGGUGUGGAUAAGCUUUUUAACAGAUCUACACAGCCUUUGAUUAAUGAAGAUCUGCAAAUGCUAUUUGCUAGAAGUCUCAGGAAUGGAAGAAAAAGGUUGCAGCAGGAUUCUGAAGCAAGAGAAAUAAGUCAAGAACAAGAUGCCCAAGAGUUGCCAAUAGAGGAACGUUCAGGUAUGCUUCAAGGUAUGCUUCAGGAGACGGUUUUUCCAGAAACUUCAUUGCAAAAUGGCAGAGCUGAAAGUGGCAGUAGUGGAGCUGUCAAUAUGGUGUCUGCUUUGUCUGAUGGUUCUUUACUAGAUUCCUCUGCAACACAAGAGGCUGAGAGGCAGCAAGCUGUGGUGGAAAACGAAGUUCAAGGUAGUGAUUUAGACAAUGAAGAGAAGAGAAGGAGUAGGAGAACUCUAGAGCUGCUAAAUACUUUCCAGCAGAUUGACCAGACAGGAGCAAGAUCUUUCAGUUUUCUGGCCCUCUGCAAGAACAAGAACAAUAAAGAAGUCUCAACCAAGUUCUACAGCUUGCUUGUUCUAAAUAAUCAAUUGGCUAUCAACUUAGCUCAGGCUGCUCCCUAUGCUGACAUUAUAGUGACGGUGGGUCCAAAGUUCCAUACUAUCUGAAGGCUAGAAUGGUCUCAUUUAUAGUAAUGAGCUGCUCUGACUGAAAACCAGAUUCUGCAUUUUGCAAAAGUUCUACAGAGAAGCCUUAUAUCUGCAUCUCUUCUCCAAACCAGGAAUAACUAGAGUAUGCACAAAUAUUUUAUUGUGGGUUUUUUUAAGUCCAUGUUGAUUAAAAAGUCAUUGCAAGUUAGGAGAAAUACUGUUUUUUAAAGAGUUUGAAUCUAUAAUGUUUUGCAUUGGGUUGCCUAUUUAUCUCUGUUGCUACAGAGGGUGCAAACAUGUAAUGAAACUAUUUUUCAUUACAUAAGCAAUGCUUUUCACAUAAUCUGCCAUGACCUUUUGAAUUGUGAUCCAUUUUAUUUAUUCAAUUUUUAACUUAAAUUUUAAAUUACAGUAUUGUGUGUACAGCAGGCAAUAUUACCUUUCUUAAACAAAAAACACAAGUGUUUAUUUCAGGGAUUAGAUGCAUUUAUGCUGUGCAUCCAGUUCCAACAGCAUGCUUCAGCCCAUGCUAGUCCUCUGCCUGCUCGGACCCUGCAGUGACUUUGCAUUGUUGGCAUGGAAGUAUUCUUGGCAAGAGUUGCCCUGCUGCCCUACCCUUUUUGAAUACUCAGAUCUGAAGCAAGAGGAAUGUAAGAUACCACACAGGUACAUCUUAAGGCCACAGACAGACAAUCUCCUUAAGCAGCUUGAAAGUGUUAGGAUGGAUGGAUCCAUUGUCUGUGAUGCAGGCACUCACUUAUUUUGUCCCUCUGUCCUCUCUGGUCAAAUGGGUUUUGCAGAUUUGUAAAGUACUGUAAAAACUGACAAAAUAAUCUUGAUUGGAGCAAUGAUGGGUAUAUCAAGCCAGAAUUUGUAUAAAAUAGUUUGACCAAUUUAAAUUGAUGUUACCCUAUUCAUUUUUUUUAAACUUUUCCCUGUAUUCUAAGAAGUUCUGAUGCUUUAAAAAAAUAAAUGAAUAUAUAUUUGA